GACCAGUCAAGUUGUCAGUGCCAGCGCAAGAUUGGUGCAAGCCAGAAUGGAAGACAAUUUUUCCGUGAGGUACCAGCAAAUGGGGUACUCGGUGUCAUCAGAGGAGGACCUGGCAAUUGCCAGAGCGGGUGACAGGAAACCAGAGCAGCACUUCACAAUGUCACACAAAGAUGAUACAAAACGAGUUGGAAGAAAGAAGUACACGAGAUUUGAUGGCUUACGAGACAACAACGAUUACAAAUUGAAGAACCGGACUGAAGGGGAUCCUUGUACUGGAGAGGGUCCUCAGGAGUUAGACAGAGUGGACGUGUUAGAUGUGAGGAAAGAGGUCCUGAAGUUGAACCCUUCUGAUCUCAGGGCUGGACUUGAGCAGGUGAUUCAUAAAAAUAAUAAUAAGGGUGGAAGAGGGGCGUCGGGAGGAGAACUGGAACUGAAGAGAAGGCGAUUCAACGUCAAACCCUCACCGGAAACGAACCAGGAUGAGCAGAUAUUCCAGGAUUCAACACAGUUAUCCAGUGAUGGGCAGAAGAUGGUGUUGCAGCUAGUGCUGCCCCAAGCGGGCACUGACAAUAUUAAACAGGAACCACCCAUAACGCCGAAGUAUAUUCAUUACGCAGAUCUGUUCAAGCCUCGGAAAGGUUACCAACACACUCAACCAGAACUGUUCCCGGACACCCAGCAAUUCUGCUGCCCGGGCAGAGGCCUCGGAACCUCCUGCUCAGAGAUUUUCAUCCCUGAUAGCAGAGAAUUAACUGUGACGUCACUGGGAGGCAGCAGCGGUAUCCUGGACCAAGGGGAUCCUCCAGCCACUCCGCCGAAGGAGAAGAUCGAGAUGUUCAGAGGCUACCUGACCGUGACACUGAGCUGUGUGUACGCCGUGUUCAUCGUGACGCUGGGGGUAGUUAUCUACGUCAGCGACAUUGUCCUGCGAAACGGCACGCCUCUAGCCGAGUCGUUCAGCAUCUACUUGGUGGUGCUGGGACUUGUCUACUUUGCCUUCCUAUAUGUGGAUAUUCGACGCUACCUGAGGAAGGUUAAAAGAAGGAACACCGUGUUACUGAGCAAGGAUGAUAUUUCCAUCAAGGACAGCGACAUCGUGUGCCACGGCUCCUCCGACGGGAACCACCAUCUUGCCAUUCCCUUCCCCAGUAAAUUGGCCGAGGAUCCGCUGCCACACCACUACUGCUUCAGCAAGGGGAGGCAUUCCGGCAGCUUCUAUCUCAAAGUGGGAGCAGCAGGUUUUUGUUUCGGCCACCUUAUCCACAGUGGCCUGAUGCUAGGGUACCAGAUAGUGUACCUGAGAGCAGAAGGACAAGAAUUUUACAACUGUGCCAGCAUUGCUACACUUCUUCUAGACGUACUGUACCCCGUGUAUUCCUUCUUGCAACUGUUUUUUAUAUUUAAAUAUUCAAAUGUGAUCAUCAACCGCUGCAAGGAGCUGGGAAGAUUCGCUCUGAUGCACUGCAUUGCUUCCAGUUUGUGUUUCUGGAUUUGGACAAUUCUGAGGGAGACACUAGAGUCACUCAACUCCUACGCCAACCAUGACGACUACAGCGCAGAUGAUGACGACGGCAGUGAAGAAACUGAUUUGUUCGAGAACUCCGUCGCUCUUCCAUUGACGGCGAAUCAGAAAACUGGUGCAAGGAACUUGAUCCAGUGCCUCAAUCAGACUUCGUGGUGGGAUAAGGGACAGUGCAGACCCCCAGAUGGUCUUGCAAUUAUCGCUAGCCAGUUCUCACCUUACCUGUACCCAUUUACUAUCGAGUACAGCAUUCUUGUGGUGGGCAUUCUGUUCAUCAUCUGGCAGAACAUCGGCAAAUGCGCGCAAGACCAUAGCAGCAUCUCUACCACGUGCCCGGUCACCGGGGCAGAUGGGGAGCACAGUAACUUGGUGAUCCACGCUGACUGCCACUCUGCCAACAAGGGGCUGUUCGCCGGCCUCAUUGUGCUGGUCGGCUCCAUUGUCAGCAUCAUUCUCUUCUGCAUCGCCAUGGCCGACAACGAGUUCGUCAGUAUGGGUCUGACAGUGAAUGCCAUCUCGGAGCUGAUCCUCUUACUACUCAUGACAGUUGCUGUUAUACUUGCGUACCGGAAACUCACCCAGCUGGACGUCAACAGCCAUCCGAUAUCCUUACUGGACGACUUGUUGCUGUUCAUCUGCAUACCUGCGUUCUUCCUGUAUGGAAUCUUCUGCAUCGUGCCCGCCAUACUCAAGAACAACGGGCUCUCAAUAGCAAUUACUUUGCUACAGGUGAUACAGGUUCUACUCCAGACGCCAUUCAUCAUUGACGGUUUGCGGCGUUGCAGCAACACACGGCAGCUGCGUUUUGCGAAGCCAGGUCGGGAGUUGGUGACGUUUCUCGUGGUCUGCAAUGUUGCUAUGUGGAUCACGGAGACCUUCGAGAUAAAGUCUUACGACAGGAGAGACGACCGCUAUGAAGUGUACGGCAAAGUUCUGUGGACAAUGCUGAGUCACAUGACAGUACCUCUCACCAUGUUCUAUAGAUUCCAUUCAUCUGUCUGUCUGGUUGACAUUUGGAAGUCGGCCUAUGAACGAGGCGAGUGACAGCACAAGAAGUCUAUAUACUGCAUACUCGUACUUCUCAGUAAUCUGACAAAUGUUUUCUAGAUCUCACUUUUCUCUCUGGAUAUAGGUAAAUAAAUUGGUUGAGCCACUUAACACUGUCAUCUCGAAUAGUUCCUUCAUUUCUUCUGCAUAAGGAAACUCUUCGGACAAGAUUUGCACGGUGGCAAGAUGGACAUAUGAUGUGUGAAACGGAUUAUUUGUGUCAUACAUUUCUUACAAUAAAUCAUGGACAACUUCACUUCUUUAAAGGAUCUUGAUUUUUCACUCCUACAAAUGUUGUAGAGCAAAUAAAUAAGAAUCCAGCGCCCAUAAACUGAGCACCAAUCCGUUGAACCGUUAGUGUGAAAACGCGACUAAAGUACAAAGUGGAGCAGAGGGAACGCAUGUUUUUCACAUAAGACUAAUUUUGUUGAUUCUGAAGGUAAAACCUUUUUUAAUCACACAAAAAGACGGUAUUUAACGCAUUUUUAAUUUACAUUACGUACGGAAAAUAAUGUCAGUCAGAUGACGUCCUUCUUGCUGGACACAUAUUUGGAGCCUCUCCUCAAAAUUCUGCAACACAUUCUCCAACAUGUCUUCCGGCACAGCUACGAUUUCUUGACGAAUGGAAAGUUUCAGCUCCUGGAUCGUUCGUGGUUUGUUCGUGUACUCUCAUGCCUUUAGGUGUCCCCACAAAAAAAAAAAAAUCACAAACCGAUAGAUCAGGGGAGCGUGAUUUGUGCCGCGCGCCUCAGUUCUCCAAAUUCUAUAAAGCAGUAGACGGAAAGCUUCAAUCUUGUAUUUUGUGUCAAGAUAUCACACAGAUGGUUCUUCAGAAAUGUACUGAAAUCAUGGUCGUUGGAUUCUUGUUGAUAUGUUCUGCAGUUUUUGUGGGAGUGACUGGAUCAAAUUCAGUUUUAAGAAGGUGAAGCUGACCUUGAUGUCUGAUAAGAAACGCAUGACACAAAUAGUCUGUUUCACCUAUCGUAUAUCUUCCUUGAAACCACGGAAAUCUUGUUUGAAGCAUUUCCCGAUGCGAUGGAUAAUAAAGGAAUUAUUCCAGGCAAUAAUGUUAAGCGGCCCACUCUGAAUAUCGAAACAUGAUUCUGAAUUUACAUUUUAUAAAACUCGUAUGUCAAGAUUUAUUUCGAAUUCUCAAAGGCACUAUGCUACAAGUCUGAAGG